AUGGCGCCCGCAGCAGUUGAGACUUCUUUCACGGCCCACGUGGCUGAGAGGUUCCGCACCUACGAAGCCGACCGAAAGGCCUCAUCCAAAGAGUGCGUCUACACUACCUCCAACGGCGUCCCCGUGCCCCAUCCAUACGAAGCUCAGCGUCUGGGCAACGGGCCCCUCCUGCUACAGGAUUUCCACCUCGUUGAUCUCCUCUCGCACUUUGACCGUGAGCGUAUUCCCGAGCGCGUUGUCCAUGCCAAAGGCAGCGGUGCGCAUGGCGAGUUCGUCGUGACGGACCCAUGCCCUGACCUGUGUCUGGCCGACUUAUUCCAGGAAAAGGGCAACAAAUGCUCCAUCACCAUCAGAUUCUCGACUGUCGGUGGCGAGAGUGGUUCGCAUGAUUUGGCGCGAGACCCAAGAGGGUUUUCUGUCAAGUUCAGGACCAACGAGGGCAACUGGGAUAUGGUGGCCAACAACACACCUGUUUUCUUCCUGAGAGACCCUGCCAAAUUCCCCUUCUUCAUCCACACCCAAAAGCGCGACCCAGCCACUCACCUCACCCAUGCUGACGACUCGACACAUUUCUGGGAGUACUUGUCGCAGAAUCCCGAGUCUAUCCAUCAGGUCAUGGUCCUCUUCGGCGAUCGCGGUAUCCCAAAGGGAUAUCGCUUCAUGAACGGGUAUUCCGGUCAUACGAUGAAGCUCGUCAACAAGGAUGGCGAUUGGGUCUACUGUCAGUUCCACAUGAAAUCGAUGCAGGGCAUCGACUUCGUUACCCAAGAGGAGUCCGCCAACUACUCCCCCGACUACUCGCAAAAGGAUCUCUACGAGGCAAUUCAAAAGGGCGACUACCCCAAGUGGACACUGGAAGUGCAGACCAUGACCCCCAAGCAAGCGGAGGAGUUGUGGGAGACGCAAAAGAUAAACGUCUUUGACCUGACGCACAUUUGGCCUCAAGGACAGUUCCCUCGUCGCAAGAUCGGCGAAUUGACACUUAAUGAGAACGCGGUCAAUUACUUUGCCGAGGUUGAGCAAGUCGCAUUCAAUCCUGCUCACAUGGUCCCUGGCAUCGAGCCCUCAGCCGACCCGGUGCUGCAGUCGAGACUGUUCUCGUACCCUGAUACCCAUCGCCACCGCAUCGGCGUCAAUUAUCAGCAGCUUCCCGUGAACGCGCCGCGAACUUCCUAUAUGCACGCAAAUUUUCAGAGGGAUGGUUCUAUGGCCUUCUUCAACCAGGGAGCCAGGCCGAACUACCUGUCUUCCAUCGAUCCAGUCCAGUUCGAGCCCCGGGCCGUGGACUUGGACAAGACGCAUGGACACUUUACGGGCGAGGCUGUGACGUUCCUCAGCCAGAUCCGGCCCGAGGACUUUAACGCCCCUCGCGCGCUAUGGCAAAAUGUGUUUGAUAAGCCGGCAAGAGAGCGCUUCAUCAACAACGUGUCGGGCAAGAUGGCGUCGUGCCCGGACAAGGAGAUUCUCAAGCGCCAGAUCGCCAUCUUCCGCGAAGUUGACGAUGACAUUGCCAAGCGACUGGAGAAGGCGACGGGCAUUCAGGGGUACGACGGCAUCAAGAACAUGAAGUUCAACGGAACGCACAAUGGCAUGGCGACGGAUGACAAGGUCAAGCACGCUAACGGCAUCAAUGUCAGCAAAUGCACUAGCAUGACGGAGGAUAAUGGGGCACCGCGCAAGGGAAUGCACAAUAUGAGUGACGCGAGCUUGGCAUCUCUGACAGAUCAUCCGAGACCUCGACAGCUGCAUAUCCUGGGGGAGGAGACCCCGAUUAUGCGCCUUCCACGAGGCUGGCACCGUGAGACGAAUGGCGCAGACCACAGCAACGGCAAUAUGGUCAACAAUGGCGGUCCCGCCAGCGUCCAGCCGCGAACGGGUGCAGUUCCCCAGCAGCAGCAGCCCACUCCCCCCGAGGCGAGCAACACCAAGAAGCGCAAGGUGAGUGAGGACGCGACAAAUGCGACGACGGCACGGAACGAACUGUCAGCGCCGCCGCCACCCAUCCACACGCGAACCAUGGCAGCUUGUGAUGCGUGCCGGGUGAGCAAGACGCGUUGCGAUGCUGCAAGGCCCGUGUGCGCAAAGUGUCUCAAGCGUGGCCGCAAUUGCGUGUAUCCAGACCGAGACCCGACAUCCAUGUUCGAGACAUGGGGCAAGAAGAUCCUGAGUGCUUUGGAGAAUCAAAGCCAGUUACUCUCCGAGGUCGCCCAGAGCACGGCACGCAACAUUCACCUCCAGCAGCAUCAGCAUCAACAAUCACCCCAAUCAUCACACCACCCACCAGCCAUGAACGACGAUGACCCGGAGAACAUGUCCCGGAAAGACGUUCCCUGGACACCUAUCACGGGAUCUGACAAGAUUCUGGACUGGAUCGUAUUCCCAAGAGAAAGACCGGCGCAAACAUUGCCGCCAUCAGCAUUCGUCGCCAAGCCUAAUCACUGGGCACUGGAAACAGCGAGCCCGUCAGUUGCGCGCAUAUACGAACUUCGCGACAUCUUCUUCUCUCAGGUGGAACCCAAAUGUCCGCUCGUGGACGUCGAAGACCUGGAUGCCUACAUUGCUGAGGUGAUUGAGCAUGGCUUCGCAUGGACUUCGUCGUCCUGCCUCGUCCUCAUCGUAUUUGCUUUGGCCGCUAUUUGGGGCCACUAUCCAGAUGAUGAGCGGCGGUUGCUGAUUUCGAACAGCGCAACAGAGGGUUACACGGCUGCUGUGCCGGAGCAUCGAAUGCGGGAAUCGUCCAUCUAUCUCGGCAUGGCGCAGAGGCGCUUGUCAGCCGCGUCGCAAGACGAGUCCCUCGUCGGAGCACUGUGUUAUUUGCUUUACGGCUCGCCGUUCAGCGAGGGCGUCCCCAACGGCUCUGAACACCUCCUCCACAACGAGUCUCCGGGGAGUGGCUACGGCAUCAACUUCACACCAUCUUCUCACUACUACUUUCUUGCCGAAAUAUCCCUUCGACGGCUACUGAACAGGGCGCGCCAUGCAGCCACCAUGCUCUCCCCGAGCAUAGACUCUAUCACCGCCGCACGUGUGGCCGACAUCAUGCACCAGCUCGAGGGGCAGCUCCAGAAAUGGCUAGAGUGUCUCCCUCCCGCAUUGCGCUUCAACGUGCCGCCCGACUCGUGGCCGGCGCCGGACGAGCCGGAGCUAGUCAAGCUCAUGCGAGAACGCUAUGUCGAGGUUCGCGAGCUGCUGUAUCGGGUGUUUCUCUACAUUUGCCUGCAUGGCGGGACCCGCCUUACCCAUGCCCAAGCCAAGAUGUAUGGUGCAAAGGCGUCAGCUGGUCUGCGGCUUAGCAUAUACCGAAUCAACACCGAAAGGCCGUUCUACCGCCAUGCCGGGUCGUGGAUCGCAUGCCGAGUCCGUUUCAACCAGGCCCUGUGUCUGUUGGCGGCGGUCAGAGGGUUGGAGAUGGCGAUCGAGUCGGCCGCAUAUGUUGCAGUGCCUCCCACGUGGCGCGAGUGCGUGUGCAUGGUGCGCGAGCGACUCGAGACGUGGAGUGAUCAAGGCGGCGGCGUUGGGGAGCUCGCUUUGCUGCUGGGGUGGCUGUUGAAACUCAACAUGUCUUCAAUCGACGAACUUCUCAAGCACCAAUCAUUCAAGACCUUGACCCCGGAUCAAGUGUCCUCAUUCAUGACUCGUGGCUUUUUACGCCUGCCGGGAGCCAUCCCACUCGAGAACUGCGAUCGCUGGAUGAAAGACCUGUGGCCCCGUCUGGGAAUGGACCCAGAUGACAUGUCCACUUGGACAAUGGGGUGGAACACCAUUUCCAAGCUCAACGUAGCUCCGGCCGCCGAGCUUGCCCCGACAGCCUGGGCCGCCAUCUGCGAGCUCUGCGGAGGGGAGGGGAGGAUUGCUAAGGGUGGCGAGAUGUGGACGGAUGGAUUGAUUGUGAACCUAGGUAGUGCCGAGAACGAAGGGAAGAUGGUCGACCUCAAGGAUCUGACCAGUUGGCAUCAAUUUUCCAAUGAGCUUGGGCCCUUCGGUGCAAAUGACCGUCGCCCCGGCGUUCUCCUCGACAUCAGACCAGCGUGGGAUCACAAGGAGCGCCUGCUCAGGGCUGCCGAGGAAGUGCGUGAAGAAGUUGUUGUCCUCGUGCAUCCCCUGAUGCUACAUAGCGCCAGCAAGAACAGCAGACGCCUUGCUCAGGUUAUCACAAAUCCACCCGUCUCGCUGGCGGCACCGUUCCAAUUCAACCGCAAGGACCCGUCCGAGUACAGUCUCGUUGAGCUCAAGACCAUGCAGGACGUCGGUGGGCCUGAAAAGUUCAGAGACUGGAAGAUCAUCGGCGAAAGGGAGAUGUUUGCCUCGGAGCGGGUUCAGGGCCAGGAAACGCGCAGAAAGGAGGAAAAUGCCCGUCUGGCGAAGCUUGGGCUGGAGACGGGCGAUGACUCGAUCAGUCAAAUGCCAUAUCUGAUGGUAGCUCAAGCCAAAAGGCAAGCCGGCGUUGUCUGA